CCAGCCACCCACAUACAAACAAAUAAACAUACAAAAAUACGCAUCGCACGCGUUUACAAAAGCAGCAGAGAAAGUUUUCUAAUUUGUGAUUUUUCCAACUGAAUGCUCUGUGUGGCAGAAAAUUGACCUGUAAGUGACCAAAAAAAAAAAGAAACAAAAAAAAGACCAACGGAGAAGAAGGAUUCACGAUCCGAAGAGCUGACAUAAGCAAUUCUUUUAUAUACCCAUUGAUCACGUCGGAUCGGAGCACAAGUACUGCCAGCACUUAAUACAGAGGAGCUACCCCACCCCGAUCCGACUUAGGAAACGUUCCGUCCAUGGUUGAGGCCCCAAAAGUCCGGUGAAAAUGGACAAAGGCCGUAAGAGGUUGCCACAACUUUCGCCCAAUUAGCAGCACAGGGAGCAGGAGCAAGCACCAAGAUUGGCGGAACGGCACUAAUCCAAAAGCAUUUAGGCCUAAAAAAUAGGAUUCGGCAACAAAGGGCACCGAGGAUCAAGCCCAUUAAGACACAGUACACAAAUAGACGGGCACGCGAGCGAACUGAGAAAGAACCAAAAACGUUGAGGCCGAAAGAGUCAAGGACACGGCACAAGUUCCUAUAAAUGACCGAGUCCACUCAGCUGCAAACGGCGGAGAACAACAACGCGGGCGUGGUCAAAAUGGAGCCACCGCCAUUGGCGACCUCCACUCACUCGCACACGCACUCCCUGGCGGCAACAGCGGCCGCCGGCGCCGGUACGGCGCUAUCGCCAGCAACGCCGCCACUGCCGCCGCUGGGCCAUUCACAGCAGCAUUAUGCGCUUAAAUGGAAUGACUUCCAGACGUCCAUACUCAGCUCCUUCCGGCAUCUGCGCGACGAGGAGGACUUUGUGGAUGUGACGCUCGCCUGCGAUGAGCGCUCCUUUACCGCUCACAAGGUGGUGCUCAGCGCCUGCAGCCCAUACUUUCGCAAGCUGCUCAAGGCGAAUCCUUGUGAGCAUCCCAUUGUAAUCUUGCGCGAUGUACGGAGCGAUGAUGUUGAGAACCUGCUAAGCUUCAUGUACAACGGCGAGGUAAAUGUGAGUCAUGAGCAGUUGCCCGACUUUCUGAAAACCGCGCAUCUGCUGCAGAUACGUGGCCUAGCGGAUGUCAAUGGUGGCUAUCCCUACGCCAAGGCUCUAUCCGCGGCCCUCAGCCACAACAACAACAACAACGCAGAAAGCAGCAAUCACAACAAAAUCAGCAACUAUUUGCCCACAGCGCUGGGCAGCUCCAACCCCAAUGCCAACAGCAGCAACAGCGCCAGUAACAACAACCACAGCCAGAGCUCGACCUUUAGCACCCCGCAAACGCCAGCCGCAGUGCCAGCGUCCAGUGCAGCCGCCGCCGCUGCAGCAGCCUCGUUGACAGCGGCCGUUGCCGCAGCAGCCGUCGCCACAGCAUCCAAUCUGCCAUUGAGUAGUGGGAGCAGCAGCAGCAUCAACCAGGGCCAAGGCCAGAGCCAGGGAGCAGCACAGAGCAGCAGCAACAGCAGCGGUACGCCCGCCAUUCAGGAGCUAAAGGCAUCCGCAGCGUCGCCCGCCAGCAGUAAUCAUUGGGAUCUAAGCGAUAUGGAAGGCAGCCGGAAGAGUCAUCUGACACCGCCACCACAGAAACGCAUCAAGAGCGCUGACCUUUUCCGUGCGCAACAUGGCAUCAGUCCAGAGCGCCUGCUAAUAGAUCGUGACUUUCCCGUGGCAGGACAGCAUCCGCUAACUCGCAAUCGCAGCCGUGAUACGUCCAAGGAUCGCGAUCGCAGCCUGGAGCUGCGAGAGUCGCUGCUUGGCCAGGCUCUGGAGAGCAGCAACGGACAGCAGGCUAAUCAGAAACAUGAUCUCGGCCAGAGCGCCGGCGAAGAUUCCAACAGCAGCGAUACGGAACCCUCGGAUCGUGGGGAUGGCCAACACGACGGUACACUCGACGGCAUGGACAAUCAGCGCUCUCACUCCUUCCCAAACGCAUUCCUGGGCUUGCAGGGCAUUCCCGGCCUGCUGCCAGGACCAUCCGGCCUGGGCGGCAAUGAUUUUGUUUCGCGUCGUUCCUUGGAAAUGCGUGUCCGUGCUACAGAUCCGAGGCCAUGCCCGAAAUGUGGCAAAAUCUACCGCUCGGCACACACGCUGCGUACCCACCUGGAGGACAAGCACACCGUCUGUCCCGGCUAUCGUUGCGUGCUUUGUGGAACGGUGGCCAAGUCGCGAAACUCGCUACACUCGCAUAUGUCUCGCCAGCAUCGCGGCAUUUCCACAAAGGAUCUUCCCGUGCUGCCUAUGCCCAGCGCCUUCGACCCAGAUCUCGCCUCGCGUCUGCUGGCCAAGGCCGGCGUUAAGAUUUCACCCGCUGAGCUGCGCGCCCGCGCCUCACCCACUGGUGGUAGCGGCAGCAGCGGCGGUGCUGGUAACGGCGGCAAUGGCUCACAAAAGCUAGACCUGAGCAAUGCCAGCGGCGGACCGCUGGACGAUGCUGACGACUCCGACGAUGACCCCGAAGAUCUGACCACCGGCAGUGUACUCUAUGGCAACAACGCCAAUGAUCUAAGCCGCUACCAUGAAAGUUUACUUAGCAAUUUUGGACAUGCCAAUACAACCAUUUCACGCAUGCGAAAUGAAGCUGCCGCGGCAGCAGCUGCAGCGGCCGCCUUGGGCCAACAAAAAGACCUGAGCGCUGGAGCCGGUGGGGUUCAACUGCCCAACAACAGCAAUGCAGGCCAGUCGUUGCUAGACACCUAUCUGCAGUUCAUCACUGAGAAUACGUUCGGCAUGGGCAUGUCGCAGGAGCACGCAGCUGCAGCCGCCCUGCAUGCCGCUAAAAUGGCACAGUUAAAUGCAAUGGGUCACAGCCUGGACAAAUUGCCGGCGGGCUUGCUGCCUGCUCAGUUUGAUCUGAGCAAGCUGGCGGGUGCUGGGGCAGCAGGCGGCUUUGCUCAGAGCGGUGGUGGACUGUCCAUUGAACCGAUUCUGAGACGCGACCAGCAGCAUCCGGCGAGCAGCCGCUCACCUGAUGCGAACGGAGCGCUAGCACUCGGCUCGGUGGGUCACAUGCACUCGAACUUGGUCGGUGCUGGCGGUGGCGGUGGUGGUGGCGAGCCGAAUGAUGUGGAUGUGGAUGCUGAGGCUGAGAUUAGACGCGAUGGCUCAGAGCCAAUGGAUUUGGGCCUGGGCCUAGAAAACAAUCAGUCGGGCAGCAACAACGAGGCAGCUAACUCGGAUGCCGAGGAGAAUUACUCAGAGGAUGAGGGCGUGCACCACACAUAAGCUAGAGGCAAUUCACACUUAAAUAGGGGUUCGUUUAUAAGAGAGCAAAAGAUAUAACGAUAUAAUAUACGAUGAUACGAUAUUCGCAUGUCGUUUUGAAAAGUCGUCGUCAACAGUUGUAUACCCAGAAAAUGGAACAUUUGUAACGAGUAGCCUUAUCCUCAUGUAUACCAGUUUACGUGUACAAUACAUGCAUACUAUAGUUAUCUAGGACUAGAAACCAAUCAUGAAAUAAUAUCAUGUGCAGCGUUUAAAAAUUUUAGUAGAAUUUAUGUUGUUUUUAAAAAUCGCAAAAAAAAAAAAACAAAAAACAAAAAAGAAAGGCAAAUACAACCUACAUAACUACCUAAACCAAUACUCGUAUGCGAGUUGGAAUAGGGCAAAAAGCAUGAAUACUUACAUACAUAUAAAUACAUACUUAUCCUAUAUACUAUAUACAUCUAUAUACACAUGUACCUGUUAUGUGUAUACAUGAAGUUUAGGAAUGCAAGAACCAAGAUAGUUUCAAAUCAUUGAAGAACUUAAACUCCAAAAUACCUAAAGCUAAACUUAAACCUAGACCUAGGCAUAUAAAUUAGUGUUAGCAAUUUGAAAUGAGUAACCAAUUCUGUAAAUAGUUUAUUAAAUGUAGUAAG